UGUGUGUGUGUGUGUGUGUGGUGUGUGUGGUGUAUUGUUGAAACUGCUCAGUGGACUCUCAAACUGUGUUAAAAUGGUAAAAGGUGGAAAGCGAUAUUCUUCAAUGAGCAAUGAUGGCAAAUGGUUUGCUCAUCCAGUUUCACCAGAAAAUGAAACGAGGAGUCGUGAGGAUUGUACAACCACUGGGAUCAUGCUGACUCAGGUUAAAUCGUCGUUGCCUCAGGCUUUGAACUUGGAGCGCUAUCCUAAAUGGAAAACUCAGCAGAAAUCCAGAGAAUAUCCAUUCUCAGACCACGACAACAAGCACGCCUUAAAAGACAACAUAUCUGUCUUCAUUCGUGGUGUAGGACGCAGAAAGUGUCUUGAUGAUCACAGACAGCACAACUCCCAUUUCUGCCUGUGCCAAGAUGGAGCUUACAGCAGCCCUGAAGAGACCGGGGGGAACAUCACGGUCCAACAGACUGACUUGAUGGUGAAGCAGGCUGUAAAUGUUCCAACCAGCACCAGGCGGUUUCCCCGCAACCACAAGCAGAAGUCUGCAGAGGCAGCUUUGGCGCAGGCAGGAGAGCAAGUCAUGUGGUUCGGACGACACGACUCCGACCUCUCAGAGACCCUGCAAGUGCUGGCAGCUAAUAACUGAUCAGCACAAUCCAAGUCCUAAGAUACAUACUGUACAUAAAUACAUUGAGGGGACAGCAUAGAGGGGGCCAGGGGAACUUUCUAGUCGGGGUCCAGCUGUCAAAUAAAAAAACGGAAUUAUAAACAUCAGAUUUUCAAGACAAAGACAAGUAGACAAAUAGGAAAGCUUACAAACAAAGUUUUAUUCCACCCAACAAUUCUAAUUAGACUGGAAAGUAAAUAGUUAAUCGUUUUGAUGUACUAACAAUAUUAAUGCAUUUUAUCAUAUUCCUGACUAUAUUUAAGUACACUUGACAAUGCUAUUUUGAGACAUCAAGUUGUAUUUGAUUAUAUUUAAAUGUUCUUUUUU